UGUAUGUGUGCAGGUAUCGUGAUGGCAGAGCACCCUGCACAUUUCAACAACUCCAAUAACCGGUUUAGACCGUAUCCGAAUCAUCGAGGGAGAGGGCGCUGGAACCACAACAAACGCGCACGAAUCAUUGGACCCAAAGGAGCUGAACUAAGCCGAUACCGUGAUCAGCAGUACAAGGGAAGUAGAUAUGAACAGGAGCAGAAGUUACUGAAGACCACCACUUUGUACAUUGGCAACCUAUCCUUUUAUACCACGGAGGAGCAGGUACACGAGGUAUUCAGACAAGCAGGUGAUUUAAAGAGGAUAAUAAUGGGACUAGACCGACUGAAGAAGACACCAUGUGGUUUCUGCUUCGUGGAGUUCUUUGACAGGGCAGAUGCGGAGACAGCUGUGAGGUUCCUUAACGGAGCUAAGCUGGAUGACAGGCAAAUCAGGACAGAUUGGGACUGGGGAUUUGACGAUGGGAGGCAGUAUGGUAGGGGCAAGAGCGGUGGUCAGAUAAGAGACGACUACCGUCAAGAUUUCGACGAUGGCAGGGGUGGUUAUGGUUAUCUUAUCCAGAAGACUCUUCUAGAGACCACCAAUGCUCACCAGAUGCAAAUGCCGCCCUCUAUACCUCUACCAGCUGGUGCUGUCGACUCCUAACUUUCUGCCAGAUGCAAAUGCCGCCCUCUAUACCUCUACCAGCUGGUGCUGUCGACUCCUAACUUUCUGCUUACUGAGCUUAGAACAACAACGCUGUUUAUAUUAAUAAAUGAGUAAUGAAUCUAAUCAUGAGCUAAUUAAAUUAAUAUUGUAUCGAGACAGGGGUGUAGGAAGAGGGGGGGGGGGCGACUGCCCCUCCCCCCCAUAAAAUUUGGGCAAGGGUCGAAAAGGGGCCAACUUUUUUUGGCCUCAUUUGGCCAAAUUUUCCAAAAAUUUGUCCCAGAUCUUGUAGCUUGUGUGUUGUAUAUUUUUCUAAAUUUGCAGGACUUUAUCCUUUGACCCUUAAUAGUGGCCCAUCAAAAUCUUGCUGGAUUUAUCAUUUCACAUUGCUAUAAGCAAAUUUCCUGAAAUUUUUUCGUGAGAAUUCAAUAUGAAUCCCUUCUUCGAACUACACUUAUUUCGCAAAAGCUGCUUGCAGGCCCUAAUAUAUAUUUAAAAUCGUAUUAUUUGAAUCGUUCUUGAAGCUGUGUUUGAAAACUAUCUCUAUUGCUAAAUUGUUCAGCUAGGCCUUUUGCACGUGCAAAAUCAUUUAAAAAAAUUUCGUCAUUAUUAUCCAUCUGCCAAAAAAAUUUGGACAAUAUGCAGCCCUCGCUUUACUUAGGCCAUCCUGCCAUAAACUUUUUACAGGCAUGGUUGACACUGAACGUUUUACUGUUUUUGAAAUACAGGCUGUGGACAAAGCGUGUGCUAAAUUUUAAAAACUCUAAGAUUUUGACCCCUCAUGAAGAAUAACAUUCCUACACCCCUAUAUCGAGAUAAUUUGAAAACCUAGCCUUAUGUAAGUCUGUUAUAUUACUUAAAACAACUUAUGAACUAUAAAUGUUUAAUAAUAUAUUAUUUACUUUUAUCACUAUACUACAUAGUUAUAGUAUGAUGUUAAAAUAUUUUACCAAUCAAUUUUCUGCAAUUUAUCCACUUGCUUGAGACACCUUAAAAUUUAAAAUGGUCCUUAUUUCCUUCCUUGCAUCAGAUUAUACUGUGACAAUUAUUUUCUUUGACGUAA